AUGGCUUUAUCAAAACCUAUUAUGAAUCUCGUAGCUUCAUAUUUACAAAAUCUAUACUUGCAUCCGAUUAAGACGAAAUCUAUCACAAGUUGUGUUGUAGGCUGUGCUGGAAGUAUUGCAUCACAGGUUGUUGCUGGGGAGAGGUUGAAAGUAGAUCCAAUUCUGGCCUUUGGACUUUACGGAUUAAUUUUUGGUGGGACCAUCCCACAUUACUUCUACGAGCUUAUUGAAAGACUGUUUCCACAUGAAGCGACAGCAUUCCCUCUGGCUAAAAAGCUAAUUUUUGAAAGACUAAUCAUUGCACCUAUUAUGCAAGCGUUUUCCUUGUAUACGCUAGCCCGAUUCGAAGGCAAAACCCAUAAGGCAGCAGUGAAACAGUUGUACACACUCUAUUUGACUGUCUUAGAAGCCAAUUGGAAAUGGCUCACAUUAUUCCAAGUUAUCAACCUAGCAUUUAUUCCACCCAUGCUCCGAGUUCUCUUCAUGAAUUUUGUAGGCUUCGGUUGGGCAAUGUUCAUCGCGUCAAAAAGAAGACAAAGUAACAAGAAGGAAUCACCCUAA